UUGACGCUGAUAUAAUAUGUGUGCAGGAAACCAAAGUGACGCGCGACCUGCUUGACGAGAGGACUGCAAUUGUGGAGGGAUACAACUCUUAUUUUAGCUUUAGCCGAGGACGCACUGGCUACUCAGCUUAUCCAGUACAGGGUUGAACAGAGUCUGGAUCCUAUCCCAGGAGACUUUGGACAUAAGGCGAGAUACGCCCCGGACAGGUGGCAAUCCAUCACAGAACAGACUCGCACACAUUCAUGCACUAUGGGCAGUUUGGGGAUCUGCCUGUCUUUCCGAGUGUGGGAGGAAACCGAAGUACCCAGAGGAAACCCCCCAAGCACAGAAAUAACAUGCAAACUUUAUGCCCGCAGACCGGCGACAGGAAUCAAACCGUGAACCCUGGAGGUGCAAGGCGACGGUGCUAACUACUAACCAAUCAUGCCGCCUACUAGCUAUUUCAUUUUCAAAUCUGCUAUUUGCAAGUCCCCCCAAAAAACUCAUGAGAAUUUAGGAGUUGCAACGUUUUGUAAGGACUCUGCCACUCCAUUCGCUGCAGAAGAAGGACUGACAGGUCGCCUUGUCAACCAUGGAGAAGCUGUUGGUUGCUAUGGUGAUCAGGGGGACUUCUCCAUAGACGAGAUCCAGUCACUUGAUAAUGAAGGAAGAGCUGUAAUCACCCAACACAAGUUUAAACAUUCAGUGGAAGCAGAAGGAUUGGAGACAUUGACUGUCAUUAAUGUGUAUUGCCCACGUGCAGAUCCAGAAAAGCCAGAGAGAAAGCAGUUUAAACUGCAGUUUUACAAACUCCUACAGAGCAGGGCUGAAGCCAUUUUGGGUCCUCAAAGUCAUGUGAUCGUUUUGGGUGAUAUCAAUACCUCUCACCAGCCUAUAGACCAUUGUGACCCAGAUGAUGUGGAGAACUUUGAGGAGAAUCCAGGGAGAAAGUGGUUGGACAGCUUUCUUUUUGGGCCAGCAGAAAAGGGGAAUGGUGAUGAAGGUUCUGAGUCCUCCCACACUUGUCUGUGCAGUGGCAAUUUUAUUGACACCUUUCGCCAUUUCCAUCCUUCACGUAUCAAUGCCUUCACAUGUUGGUCUACACGUACGGGUGCUAGGCAAACCAACUAUGGCACCCGCAUCGACUAUAUCUUUGCCAAUCGUUUGCUCGUUGAGAAAAACUUGCUCAAUGCAGAUAUCAUGCCAGAAGUGGAAGGUUCUGAUCAUUGUCCCAUAUGGGCUAAGCUAAGCUGUGUUAUGGUGCCCAGUCCCAGGUGUCCACCUCUGUGCACUUGUUUUAUGCCCGAGUUCAUGGGAAAGCAGCAGAAACUUUUCCGCUUUCUGGUUAAGGUUUCUGACCAGCACACAGUUAGCAGAGACAUUGAAAACCUUUUACCUGGAUCUCAAGAGGCUGGGGAGAUUUGUGAGAACCUCAGCCCUCUACCAGGAGGUGGAGCUUCUGGGAGCAAGAGACCUUCAGAUCGAUCAACAGAGUCAUCUGAAUUUAAAGGAAAAAAAAUCAAACAUGCUAAAAAGGCAACUAAACCUCAGGGCAGUCUCCUGACCUUCUUUAAACCUAAACCGACCCAAGUAUCUUCAAGUCAGAACCUAGGCUCAGCUGAGAACACAGGCUUGAAUAGUGACACUGUCAUGUCUAAGAUCCAAAAAGAUGCAGAUGAUGUCAACAGCAGCAGUGCAACCCACAGCAUGCUUACAGAAUGCCAAGCUGAGGUGAAAGAAAGGAGUGAAAUAUGUUUGUUUGGGGUCAAAAUGGCAAAGGAAGAUGAUGAGUGUGGUCAGAUUCAGAUCCAAAGCAACGACACGUCCAUCCAGGAGACCAAGAAAGGAUCUCGUCCAGACUUUUGGAAAUCAGUUUUGCAUGGACCACCCCAACCCCCAAUGUGUAACUCGCACAACGAGCCGUGUGUCCUGCGGACUGUGAAAAAACCUGGGACAAAUUUGGGCCGGCAGUUUUUCGUGUGCGCCCGUCCUCAGGGUCACACGUCUAACCCUCAGGCCAGGUGUAAUUUCUUUGCCUGGGUGGACAAACGCAAGUAAAAGUCUUCUCAGCUCUUUGUAAAAAAAAAA